AUGGCAAUCCACCUGCCGCGGUUGUCCCCGGGGUGGGCGACCCUGCUGCUGAACGUGGUGGCGCUGACGUACAGCACCAAUGGCGUCUUUGUCAAGAGCAUAGAGACCGCGGAGCCCAAGCCCCUUCCUAGCUUGGCCUGUGCUGUUCGCUUCUUCAUUGCUACAGCGGCCCUUGCAAUCCUCAGUCAAGUCUUCACUAGCAAACCUUGUACGAGAAACCCUGCUCUAAAAACCACAGCAGACGGCGAUAAAGAAUUCAUUGACGUGCCGCUGCGUGAAGUGCCACUCCCCUACAUACCGAGCAAACAAGUGGAGCUGAACACCCCGCGCAAUCGGCGGGGCGGCAGGACCCCGCUAGCCAAGCGGGGGGAGGAGGCAGACGCUCUUUUCGAAAUCUCUUUGGACAGCGCCAAGGGGAGCGUGCGGGCCACCGCUCGGCUGAGCCCCUUUGGCUGCGGCCCAGGGGGGUGGCAUCACGACUCUGCCACACCGCUUGGGGUUGCCCCCCACAGUGAAACAAAAGGGUUCAAAGAGAAGUGGUUGUACCCAGAAAACCCUCAGAAAGACCCGAAUGACCCAGCGGAGAAGCUGUUGGGGAAUGAGGUUGCGAGAGCUGAACCUGUUGGCCGGCGCUUGUCCCCUGUAGUGGCCAGCCUGGAGCUGGGCGUGCUGAUGUUCCUGGGGUUUGCGGCUCAGGCGAUAGCGCUGGAAACGGCAAUGGCGGGGCAUGUGGCACUGCUCUUCACCAUCUCGGUGAUUCUGGUGCCUCUUCUGGAGUCGAUCGGUGGCAAGCCGUUGACACCGGCCACCAUGAUCGCCACCAGUCUUUCUGUGAUUGGCACCGGCCUCCUCGAGUACCGCGGCAAGGGCCUGGGCCUGGCACUGCCGUCGUUCGGCGACACGUGGGGCAUCCUCUCCGCCACCGCUUUCGCCUUGCACGUGGUGCGAUCCGAGGUGUACGCCAAGAGCUGGCGAGCGACGGGCGGCGGGAGCGAGACGCCCGCGCGCUGGCAACAAGGCCACAGCAGCGAGACUGUGCCACUUACCGCGGACCACCAUAAGGUUGAUGUCAGCACUGAUCAGGGAGCCGGCAGUAUGCAGACGACUCAGAAUCUAGAUACAAGCAAGACGUCGCGCUUCAGCAGGCUGGCACUCGACACUACGGAAAUGGGCGACCAGCACCCGCGGGAUCCCUCUGUAAAACAGCCGCCGGCAGCCGAGCCGUGGUCCCCGAUCGCAUUAGUGCUGAUGCAAACGCUGGUGGUCAGCGUCCUGUCAGUCGUCUGGUGGGUGGUCGAACUGUCGAGGGGCCUCUGCCACGUGGCACCGACCCAGGAGAUGAGCCAACUAGACACUGCCACGUGGAUGGAAACGCUCGUGUACGAGCCCACCUGGCGCCAGCUGGCGCACCUACCGUGGCCGGCCAUGGUCUACACCGGGGUGGUCUCGACAGGCAUGUGCGAGUGGCUCGAGUUCCACUGCCUCCAGUCCGUGUGCGCGUCGACGUGCGUGCUGAUCUACACGUCCAUCUCCAUCUACGGCGCCUUCUUCGCGUGGCUGCUGAGAGGCGAGACGCUCGGAGUGUCGGGGGUCGUCGGGGCGGCCGUCGUCAUAUGCGCGAGCGUGUGGGUGCAGCUCGCGGAGCUGCGGACGUCGAACUGCCAACGGGAAGGGGACACGUGUCCGCAGCAGCAAGGCAAAGGGUAA